AUGUCGUCAUCUCCACGCUUCAAGCUCGUCUUUUUCGUUCCCACUGCCGCCGCCGAGGCGUGCAAGACUGCGAUCUUUGGUGCCGGGGCGGGACGGUACCCAAAUUACGCCGAAGUGUGCUACAGUACGGCGGGCACCGGACAGUUCCGCCCAGUCGGCAACGCAAAGCCGCACACGGGCCAGCUUGACAAGCUGGAGCAUACCGAAGAGCUGCGCAUCGAGACUUUGUGCCCGUCUGAGGAUAUUGCCAGAAAGUCUGUCGAGGCGCUCAAGAAGUAA